AUGAAAACUGAUAACCUUAUAAAGAUAACAGAUAACAGAGUGUUCAAGAGCAAAUUAAAGGAAUUAAUAGAAGAUAUUGAUAAACGACAUAUUAUGGGAGUUUAUGUUGCUUACGUUUACGUAAUAGAAUUUCAGAAAAGAGGACUUCCGCAUGCGCAUAUGUUGGACCCUGCAGCAAUCGACCGUUUAAUUUCAGCAGAAUUUCCCGACCCUAUCGCGCAUGCCAACUUGCACGAAUUGGUCAAAGUACAUAUGCUUCAUGGACCUUGUACCAGUGCUCGAUGCUUAGAUGAAGAAGGAUAUUGCAGCAAACAAUUCCCGAAAUCUUUGCGUGAAGAUACCUUAUACAAUCCCUCUGGAUAUCCGUUAUAUAAAAGACGGCCAAUAGAAACACCUAUACAUAUAGGUCGAAGAACGGUAGAUAAUAGUUGGGUUGUACCAUAUAACGCUUAUCUACUUGAAAAAUACGAAGCUCACAUUAACGUGGAGGCUUGCUCUUCAAUGAAAAGCGUAAAAUAUUUACUUAAAUAUAUAUACAAAGGAUUUGAUAGAGCUCAAAUUGUCGUACGAACCGUGGAAGAAGACGGUCAAACAACAACUAUCCAGGAACCUAUGUACAACGAAAUUCAAAUGUUUCUGGACGUUCGCUAUGUUAGCGCGCCUGAGGCGAUGUGGAGGAUUUAUACAUUCGAAAUGCACGAUAUGUCUCAUGCUAUUAUUAAACUCUUUGUACAUCUUCCGAAUAUGCAACAAGUCUAUUUUAAUACAAAUAGUACCAUUCCUGACGUCGUAGAAAGGGCCGCAACACAACACACUACGUUAACAGGAUGGUUCGCCUUAAAUACCCAAGAUGAAGAAGCUAGACAAUACACAUACGUACAGAUACCUUAUAACUAUGUGUGGAAAAUAACACAAACAAGAAUCUGGGUAGAACGUCAACGUCAUUUUAAUCGUAUAAUUCCUAGAUUAUAUUUUGUACAUCCUAGAGAAGGUGAAAGAUUUUAUCUUCGUCAACGUCUUUUGCAUAAAACAGGAUGUAGAUCAUUCGAAGACAUUAGUACUGUACAUGGCCGUACGUAG